ACUGUAUGUACCAGCAUUACAGCCCUCUAUUUCAUGUGAGCAACAUCUUGGACCAGCUGCUUGUGAAAAGAGAAGUUUCCUUUGGCUAGAACACCAUUUUUAAAUUCAGAAUUAAGUAGUGUAUCAGUGUGUAUAGUUGACGGCCUUGCAGAGUCACCGCGCUUGGCCAAGUCGCUUGUUUAAGCUAUGCUUAGAAAGGCACGGUCUAACAAGAGCUGCGACAUGCAAGACGGCCAGGGUUCCCUACCAUCCACCCUUAAUGCCUUUGCUUUCCCAGCCAAACUCUGGCGUAUGGUAAACAAUGCCAAGUCCAACGCCGUGCGCUGGUCCGACUCUGGCGAUGUCAUCCUCAUCGAUCGGCAGAUUUUUGAGAAUCAGAUCCUGGCUCGCCAGAGCAAACCCUCUGAACACCUAGACACCUUCAGAGCCAAGCACUUCGCCAGCUUCAUCCGGCAGCUCAAUCUCUACGGCUUCAGCAGGGCCAGCUGGGUCAGGAGGGCAGAGGGCGUUCGUCACCAGUUUUUCCACCCUUACUUCAAACGUGGACACCCCGAGCUGCUGGACAACCUCAAGAGGCUCACUGUGAAGAACAAGAUCAAGUGGAAGGCGGGUUUGAGCGCACCUUCAAAACCAAGAGGACGACCAAGGAGAAUGUAUGAAUUUGCUAAUGGCCAAGCGCAAGAUGAUGGUCCAGAGAGCCAUGGUUCUGCCGUGGACGCUCGAAUGAUGGCCUCAAACACAGAAGACGGUGAUGUGAUGGCUGUCACUGACGUCUUCAACAAAGCUCCAGGCGCCAGCGCCGCUGCUGCUCAGCAGACAACCCAGUGCUACUCAUCUUACAGCUUCUUUCCCUCCACCUAUUCUGAGCUCUUCAGCGCUCCUCAGUGGUCCAGCCAGAACUUUGGAGAUCCAUUCCACAUCCAUCCUAGGAACAACUACUCCCCUCCAAUGAUACAGUUCCUCCAGGGGCAGAACACAGCCGUGUCCGGUUACUACGAGAAGCCUCCCUUUCCAGCAAAUCUGCAGCGACCUCUGAACAUGGCUGACACCUCUGUCUACAAUGCUUUCCAAAGUUACCCUACUCAUGGCAUAUUGGAACAACAUGCAUCCUGCCUUCCUGACCUAAAACCCCUCGAUCUGAUUGAGGUCAUUGCUGAUGAAGACUUGGUUAGUGAAGUCGCAAGCAUGGAGACUCACUAAUGUCCUGAGCAUUUGUGGCGUCAGGAUUUUCUCCCUCUCAUUUCAGAUCCAUAACUUUGGAUCUCACACUCAUCUGCGGUCUGUAUUUUUGUUGUGUGUAUGGCACGAACUUAAGCUUGUUGCAGAGCUUAAAGGGCUUCAAGACCACCUCUCAGUCAUGGGCGGAGAAACAGGUCUAACUAAUAAUAAUAAUUAAUAUUCAUAACAUUCACAAAACACUAUGUGAUCUUUACCCUUUAUUGUCUCAAAAUUUGAAACGUCUAAUGUUUCUUGGAAAAACUGAGCUGCGCUCACCUGUAUAAAUGCAUGUAUUGCAUGUACCUGCUUUAUGCUCUUAAAAUAUGGGCAAACAACCCAGAAUAACUAUUUCUCCCUCUUCCUGUGGGACAAAAUGGCUUUGAUCAAAGCAUAAUGAUUAUGUUAUUCCACUGCUGUACACUUUAUCAGGUGGCAAAAUUUGUGCAAGAAUAUUUUUUAAAAACUAAGUAGCACGAAGACAGAUUUAGGAGCGCGCACAUGUGCACGGUUUAACAUGUCAAAAAUCGACACGACAUUUGUUACUUAGGGCAAUUGAACUGUUUCUUUAACAACUUGCGCCUAUGUAUAUAUGCUCUCUGGUCACCUGUAAGCUUUGUAUCAUCAUGCAAACCCAACGUAUCAUGUGGUGAAGUGUAUAGCACGAGAUUUACAGCCAAACCACGUGCUUUUACUAGGGAAUUUGCAUUGCAUCUUUAUGCCACAAGGAGGAGCCCUGCACUUGUUAUUCAGCAGGGCUGCUCCGCCCUUAUUGAGUGUCAUGCUGCCUUCAUGUGUAAUUCGGAAAACCCUAAUACAUUUCUCAUAAAACGUUAUGGUUUUGUGAUUUAAUGUAAUCAAUGUCAAAAAAUGAAUAAAGUAUAAAGCGCCUAAAAUUCUUGUUUCUUU